AUCUAAUUGGUCAAGAGUCUCGUCGCUUAAUUUAUAUACUCUUUGAUGGCAACAUCGACCUGAGUGCUUUGUUGUCUUUGGUCUCUUUCAUUGUCAAACUCUGACAAAAUGACGAAGGGUACCUCAAGUUUUGGUAAGCGGCGUAAUAAGACCCACACACUAUGCCGAAGAUGUGGUAGAUCUUCGUAUCACAUUCAGAAAUCAAAAUGUGCACAGUGUGGUUACCCGGCUGCGAAACUCCGUUCUUACCACUGGUCAGUGAAGGCUAAGCGCAGGAAGACCACUGGCACAGGCCGCAUGCGUCACCUCAAGAUUGUCCGAAGGCGUUUCCGCAAUGGUUUCAAGGAAGGCAAACCUACACCUAAGAAAGCUGUAGCCUCAUCGUAGAUUUAUUGCCCAACAUCAAUAAAAACCUAAAAUCUAAA